CGCCAUGACGCCGGAAGGCCGCCUGAUUGGUCCGCAUAGUCCGCUGUAGGCGGCUUGUCUCUGCCGCGCAGGGCGUUCAGGCACUUUGUCUAACCGAGCAUUCCUUGUUGCUGACUGGAGCUGCUAGUUCAAAAGGAAGCGACUGAGCGAGCGAGACACCAUGACAACCCUGGAUGACAAGUUGCUGGGGGAGAAACUACAGUACUACUACAGCACCAGCGAGGAUGAGGACAGCGACCACGAAGACAAAGACAGAGGCAGGGGAGCCCCAGCCAGGGCUUCCACACCUGCAGAGGCUGAGCUGGCCGGCGACGGCAUCUCAAUCAAUACAGGUCCGAAAGGUGUGAUCAAUGACUGGCGCCGCUUCAAGCAGUUGGAGACAGAGCAGAGGGCGGAGCAGUGCCGGGAGAUGGAGCGGCUGAUCAGAAAGCUGUCUAUGACCUGCAGGUCCCAUCUGGACGAAGAGGAGGAGCAACAGAAACAGAAGGGCCUCCAGGACAAAAUCAGCGGGAAGAUGACUCUGAAGGAGUUUGGUACAACGGACAAGAGCUUGGAUGACGAAGAGUUUCUGCAGCAGUAUCGGGAGCAGAGGAUGGAAGAGAUGCGGCAGCAGUUUCAUAAAGGGCCCCAGUUCAAGCAAGUUUUUGAGAUCCUCAGUGGAGAAGGGUUUUUAGACAUGAUCGAUAAAGAACAGAAAAGCACCCUUAUCAUGGUUCAUAUCUAUGAGGAUGGCGUCCCUGGGACUGAAGCCAUGAAUGGCUGCAUGAUCUGCCUUGCCACAGAGUACCCGGCUGUCAAAUUCUGCCGAGUGAGGAGCUCAGUUAUUGGGGCCAGCAGCCGCUUUACCCGGAAUGCCCUUCCUGCUCUGCUCAUCUACAAGGCGGGUGAAUUGAUUGGCAAUUUUGUUCGUGUCACUGACCAGCUGGGGGAAGAUUUCUUUGCUGUAGACCUUGAAGCUUUCCUACAGGAAUUUGGAUUGCUCCCAGAAAAGGAAGUCUUGGUGCUGACAUCUGUGCGAAACUCUGCCACCUGUCACAGUGAGGACAGCGAUCUGGAAAUAGAUUGAACUGAUAGUCUAGUUCCAUAGCUAUCUCAUUGUUUGGGCUGGAGGACACAUGUCUGUAUUUAUUUCUGUCCUUCCUGUGUCUUCUGGCUUUUCAGCUGUUCUUUGUAGUCUCAUUUAGUAUGUGGAAAGUCAAGAAAUUCUUAGAUUAAAUCAGAAUGCUGACUCAUUUUGUGGCUAGCAGUAAAGUGACUUCAAAUUAUAUAAACAGGAAGCUAGGCUCUCGAGCUGUUUACCUCUCUAGCGUGACAUCUCUUAUACUUUUUCUAGUCAAUAUUGACAUGGCACCCUUGAAGGCAAUGUCUUAAAAAUUGUCUUCUGAUGACCUCAGAGUUCUACCAGGUCUGAGAGUAGAAUUCCCUAGUGAGUGUGUUCUGUGCAACUAAAUACUGCAUUUCCAUAAUCACUUGAUUGCAAAUCAUGUUUACUUGCAAUCAGACUCAUAGCUGUACUUUUAAAAAUCUAGAUUCUUCACCAGGGUCUGACUGAGGUUGGGAAUGUCACUCAGUGGGGAACACUUACCUAGCAUGUACACGGCCCCAAGACAUCUAAUUCCCAGCACUGUCAAAAUUAAACCAAACAAAAGCUUCUGGAUGCCUGCUG